AUGGUGGUAACAAAUGAUGUGGAAUUGCCUACGUUUAGCGAUCUCACGGUACCAGAAGUGGAUUUAACUACUUCGACACUAAUGACAGCAGCGCCGUAUUUGGGCAAGGCUUGCGAAGUCAUCAACAACGAGUACAUGCUGUGCCGCUACGAGCUGAACGACCCGCGGGCAUGCAUCCAGCUCGGCAAAAGGGUCACCGAGUGCACUUUGGACUUCUUCAGGAAACUGAAGAAGAACUGCCUGGAGGAGUUCAACCAAUACGCCGAGUGCGUGGACAAGAGCUCCGGCAAUUAUGCUUUCGGUCCGUGCCGCACGACGCAGGCCGCGUUCGACGGUUGCAUGAAAGACAAACUCAGCAUGGAGAGGCCCGAUUUCGGAUAUUUUACAAGACCAAGGAUACAUUGCAGCCCAAGACCCGCGCCCGAAUCGCCGCCCUGCCCUUGCGCCAAGAAAUUCCCGGAUGCUACACCGUCCCUUCCGGACUCCGUACCGCGUCCACACUCGCGAUUCAGCGGUCGUUUCUAUUGGACUACCGAU